AUGCGUGCUCCCGGCUCCCCCCCAGGCCCGGCCCCGACGGGAGCGCUCCCUUCCCGGGGAGCCUCAAGGGCCCAGAACCUCGCGUCCGGUUCGAAGGCUUGUAAGGCAGCUCCAGGCGAGCUGCAGCGGCUCCCGACCGCCCCUCAGCCCUUCCCUAAGCUCCCUCACCCGCUCCCCGCCUCCCCUCGGCUGCGGCCCCGCCCCGUUGCGAAGGAAGCGGCGUCUCCGGUUGCUAUGGCAGCGGCGGAGCGGCCCGGGGCCCUGCUCCCGCUGCGGUGUGAGGCAGCAGGCCCGAGGAGCUGCAUGGAGCCCUGCGGGACCGGCGGAGGGGCGGCGCGGGGGCAAACACCCCCCGGAGGGCUCCAGAACAGCGCGGGUCGGACGCGGAGCACUGCUGCCAUGUAUCCUUCCGCCGUGGCCGCCGUGGCCGCCGUGGCCGCCGUGGCCAGGGGCUGGGCGGGCGCUCGGGGAUGGCUGGGGGUGGCCCGCAGAGAGUCAGGGGGCCGUGCCUGGAGGGGCAGGAAGGAGGCCGCGGGCAGCAUGGAGUCAGUGUGGGGCGGUGGCAAGGGAUUGCCGGACAGAGCUUUAACAUUUCAUUUUGAACAAGAUUUAGCAGAAGAACGCCAGGCAUUGAAAGAAGAUCAAAAAAUAUGUCGGAGUAGGGCACAGAAAUACUCAAGAGAGACAAACAGAAGAAGAAGAGCCUUUGAAGAAAGACAGAAGCAAGCUGAAGAGAAAGAACAAAGACUUAGGCAACAAGUUCUGCAGCAGAGGAAAAUUAAACUUCAAGAAGCAACCAAUAAGUUCCAGCGUGCUCAUCUGCCUUUUUCUCAGCACAAACAAAUAGUCCAGACAAAAGAAGCCUUUCAGUUAGAAGAAGCUCUUGAACAAAUUAAAGGAUCAGUUGUAACACCAGGACUGUGCUUGCCCAGCAAAAACAAAACCAACUUCAGAACCACAGAUGACACUUCAUCCUCAUCAGCAUCUAGAAACGGUUUUUGCCAUCAGAAGCAGAUUUCAGCAAUGGUUGGCUGGGAUAAAACAAUACAAGAGAGCAGUAGAACAAACAUGGAUAGUAACCAACUUCUCUUCCAGAAAAAUCUGAAAGAAAUGCAACAGCUCCUUGAAAAACAGCAUCUCAGCAAUGUGGAGAAUUUUCAUCAAGAAGUCAAGAAAACAGAUGAUUCAGAAAGCGUGUUAAGCCUCGACAGUCUUGAGGCUGGAGAACAAAGUGGAAAUUACACAACACCAAGUGAAUCAUCUUUGACUACACCGUGUGACUGUACCCUCUACAAUCCAGAAAAAUCACAGACUAGGAAUAAUGGUUGGCUUUAUACAGCUCAAAGUACUUCUAAAAAUAUGCAUCUAAAUAAUUGUCUGAGAAAUGUAGCUUCGCAAUACUACCACAACUUACCUACUCAUGAUCUUUUAGCUAAACAUAAUGUUCUGACUCCUGCUGAACAUGUAAACACUUCAGAAGAGGAAUCAACUGCUUCUGACAGAUCUGGAAAAAAUACUGCAGAGUUCUCUGCCUCUGGUAAGCAAGAAAUCCCUGUAAGUAAUGUGUUUAGUUUUCUGCAAAAUAUAAAAGAAGAAAGAAGCAAGCCAUCUUCUGGAACCACUUACACAUUAGCCACUGGUCAUCCUGUUUUGAAUCCCAGCAAAACCUGGGCCAGCCCUGAGUCUAUUCCAGGACAAGGAGUUCAGGAUCUGAUGCAAGAUCAGAGUUUUAAAAUAACUACACAAAAAAGAAAUGUAUCUGUGCAAACCUCUAGUCAUAUUGCAACAUCUAAAAUCACAUUUCCUAAUCAGGGAUGUUCCACUGGCACUCCCAGCACCACUGGUACAUUACCAAAGGACAAAAACAUCAGUAUGGAAUUUUUAAAAUACACAUCAGGAAAAACUACUGAAACAAAAGAAGAAAAUAUUAAAGGUAUUGAUUACAUUAACCCAGGAUUAUCUUUAUUCCAGGACACACCAAAUGCCUCAGUUCUGUGUGAUGUUAAGCAACAGAAUAACAAAGAGGAAGAAAAUGGUGAUAUGGUUGAAACUAUGUCACUGUUGUCUAAUACAGAGUUCAGAUCUGGCACUCCUGUACAACACAAAGACCUGAAAAACAAUAUGCUUGAAGGAAAAAAAGAAAAGUUUCUUGGAAGCAUCUUAAAGAAGGAUUGUAAAUAUGAACCCAGUCAUUUGAAAGCUGUGGUUAUGAACCACGGGAUCAGUUUUGGAAUGCAGCCCAUAUCUUCUAUCAGAGACAGUUUAGAACUGGCAAAAAUUAAAAAGAAAAGUGCAGAAAAUGACAAAUACCAUAGAAAAAUUAAAUGGUGUGAUCAAAUUAACCAGAUAAUAAUAGAAAAUAAUGAAAAAUGCUAUGAAAAAAACACCAGUGAAAUAUCUUCUGCACAGCUGCAAUAUGUUCAAGCUAUAAAUAAUGCUCCUAAGACUGAUUUAAGUAUUGUUGCUCAACCUUCAAACCUGAUGUUCAUAAAAAAUCACCAUGAAAACUCUCAUAUAUCAAAACCAAAUGUUAAUACUGAAGAAUCAAAUAGAGAAUGCACAUCUCUGAAUAUGUUUAUGUCUACUAGAUCCAUUUCCACAAAAAAACCUUGGAUGGUAUCAAAGGAUGAAGAAAGUAAACCCCCAGUAUGUAGUAAUAAUUCUAAAAUAAAUGAAGGUAAUCCGUUGAAAAAUAGGGCAAAAAUAGCUAGAACAACAAUAUCUGCAAGACCCCAGCCAAGAUUUAUGCCCAAGAAGAAAACAGGCACUAUAAUCCAACCGCAGUUGGCUGCAGAAACCAGCAAAACUCGACGAUCUCCGGGGAAAUUCCUAGCACCUCACCCACCAUCCAUACCUCUGCCAGAAAGCAGAAGUGGUGAAAAUGCAGCCAGCCCUGGGUGUCAGCCACUCCUGCCUUCAAGUCUUCCAGCAACCGCUACAAGGAGGAGUGAUUUAAAUGAAAGGCAUGUUGUGUUAGCAGAUCAGGUUUUAAAUAGAAACGGUACAGAAUACAAUCAGAGUAUUACUUGUCAUUCUGACUUGCCCAUUGCGAUUUCUACACCUGGCUGCAGCACAGCCAAGCACGGGCUUUGGGAAAAAAAUACUUGUUCUGCAAAUAGUGCUCAGACGAGCUCCUGUCAGGAUCAUUCAAUACCCUGCACUGGAAGAAGACCUGUUAACACAGAAAAUGGAUUACAUCUCCAUCAUAUCCCAGCAGCUGGAAAAACAAGUACCUCCUGGCAAGGAGUACAUAAUGCCCAAGCUCCAAAAGACUCUGCUACUGGUGCUAUUCAGCACCGUGUGUCACAUUGCAAUAGUUCGCAUAUAAAAUGUCAACCUUUUAAAGCUAGUGUGUCCCAUGUUUCCACUGAUGGCAGCAGCCAUAUGACUAGUUUCAAAUCUGAUUCCAUGAUUAAGCAAUUUUCUUUUUCUGCAAAUAGUGUCACUCCUGUUACAACAAAAAAGCAGGUUUUUGACAACCAUGAAAAUAAACAUAGAGGUUUUCCAGAAUACAGAAGACAAAGUAUAGCCUCUAAAAGAUGGAAGCCUACUCAUCAUGUACAGAAUUUGCUCUGUACUGUCCAGGUGAGUCCUGUUCAAUCUAGAUUUGAUCCAGUACAAAACAGGAAUAACACCUACAAGUCUGAUGAAGUUUCAGAGAGCACCAUUCAGUUUCUUAUGGCAGAAAAACUAGCAAGUGGACCCCUUGCAGAGGAUGAAAUCCUGGCAGCCUUGGAAAGUAUGCAACCAGCCAGCUGGUCCUUGCUGCCUAACAGGGCUCCGUGUCCAGGCAUGAGUGCACUUUCAGUUGAAGAAAUGAGGAUUUUCCAGUCUCUUGAUUGUCUCAAUCAAAGGCUACAAAAUGUUCAAGAAGCCAUUACUAGAAACCUAUCUGCUUCAAAUAUUUUGCAGAUAAUCACCCCUUUAGGUGUGAUAGCAGCUUUGCCAAGGUCCAUCUUCUCCUCCAUCCCUGUGCAGCAGAAGAUGCCAGGAGGAAUAUUAUCUGCCUCUACAUCACAAGCUGACAGCCACCACCCACCCGAGUGCCUGCAGCUCGGUUCUGAGGUGGCAGGAGGCAAUGGACCUGGGGCCUUCUCUUCAGGACAAGAAGAGACUCUGCCUGCUGUUGGCUCUUGA